AUUGCACCAUACAUAAAUUCAACAAUCCGACACACUCGCCCACUGUCACAGUGUGCUCUGGACUCUACACUGAACGGAUUACCGGUAUCGUUAUCGUUCAUCAUGGAUUUGAAACUCUUGGCGGUUAUGUCUGUGCUUGCUGUGGCGACAUACGUUCCUUUCGCACAAGCUAAGCCCAUCAGUAUGAUGGAGAGGUGCUGGUGUCGUUCUACAGUUAACACCGUCCCCCAGCGUAACAUCCGAGAACUGAAGUUCCUACACACACCCAACUGCCCCUUCCAAGUGAUUGCCAAGCUGAAGAACCACAAGGAGGUGUGUAUCAACCCCGAGACCAAGUGGCUGCAGCAGUACCUGAAGAAUGCCCUCAACAAGAUGAAGAAAGCCAAGCAGACCAACUAGAGAGCCUGCAGGAAGACCCGCCCAACAGAAACAGUGCGAAGUGAAGGUCUACACUCCUCUUGCACAGUCUUCACAUUUUACUACCUUAAAUUUUUAUCUAAAAAGGGAUCAUAUUAAAAACAUUUUUUUUACAGAUCUACACAACCUACAUUUUCAAAGUGAAAGUUAUAUAAAAAAAUUUAAAAAGCGAAGAUGUCUUCACACCACAGAGAUAAUACUUGGUGGAAGCGCCUUUGUCAGCUAUUACAGCUGUGAAUAAUUGUGAAUACUAUUCUACUAACUUUGCACAACUCGUAGGACAACAUACUGUAUGCCAUUGUUUUUGUCAAAAUAGCUCUAAGUCAAUACAUUUGGUUGGGGAUCAUUUAUGGACAGAAAUAUUCAAACAUUGUCUCUGAUUUUCAAGAAAACAUAAGUCAGGUCUAGACCACUCAGGAACACUCAACACCUCUUGGAAAGCAAUUCUGGUGUCUUUGACAUAAAACAUUGUUGUAAUUGUCUUUCUGAAAAAUACUGAGGUAGGUUUUCCUUUAACUUUUUACCUGGGGUUUGCUCCUUUCAUAUGUGUUUUCACUUUGUCAUACAGGCCAGUAAUGUGAAGGGAAUACACUGUUGUUGAUCCCUUUGUUUUUUUGUAUUGUGGCGGCAGCAUCAUGGUAUGGGUAUGCUUGUCAUCGGCAAGGACUGGGGAGUUUGUCAGGAUCAAAAUAAAUAUGAAAGAAGCAAAGCCCAGGUAAAAUGUUAGAGGAAAACCUGAAUCGGUCUUCUGAAAACCCAAUCCUUGGAUAGUUUUAUUUUUCUGUGGGUCAGUUACACAAUUUGUUAUGCCAAACACACACUAUGAUGGCUUUAUAAGAGGUGUUGAAUGUUCCUGAAUGGUCCAUUCUCUCCUGACUUAAAUGUGCUUUAAAGUUAUGAGACCAGGUUUGAAUAUUGCUGUCCAUCAAUGAUUCCCACGCAAAUGCAUUGAGCUUGAGCAAUUUUGACAAAAACAAUGGAUAUAUGUUGCCCUAAGAGUUGUGAAAGGUUGGUAGAAUCUCAUUCAAAAUAUUUACAUCUGUAAUCGCUGCCAAAGGUGCUUCCACCAAGUAUUUACUUUGGGGUGGGAAAACACACAAUCAAUACAUCCUCAUUUUGUGUUUUUCAGUCAUUUUUUAAAUUGUUUAUAUCAAAUGUGGAGUAGGUUCAGUAGGAAACAAAUCUAAUGUAAUCCCUUUUUUAGAUGUAAUUUUAAGGCAAAUUGUGAAGGGGUGUGUAGACUUUCACUAGCGGCUGUAUGUAAUGUUUUGCGUAUAGCGUGUAACAUCUACUCACCUGGCACGCACGCUGAACACCACUUAUCACGGAACCUUCCAACCCAUGGCUUGCCAAAACCACCACCUCUGUUACCUAUGCUACCAUAACCACCUGUACCCGUUAUAGAAUCCACCCCUAUUAGCGCCAAGUGAAAUUAUAUCUGUGCAUGUAUGUUUUUAUCUAUGAUGUAUAUACCGUUUUUUUUACUAUCCUAUUUGAUUGGUAAAGAUUUUUGGAGUUGUUUUGGCCCCUGGCUUCUCUGUCAUUUAGGAAUUAGAACUGUUCUUUAGGUAGGUAUUGAUGGGGCUGAGAUGUGGUGAGGAAGGAAAGGAAGAGAUAAUGCGGGAGGAUUCAUGACAGAAUUCACAACUCUCAAUCCAACUCUAUCCUGGAGAGUGUACAAGGUUCAGCAAUGCAAAACAAAAGAUCCAAGAGGCAUGGGGAUGUUCACGUGUGCAGGGCAGCGCUACUAGAACACACUUCCAUUAUGUCUGCUUAAGAACACACAGGAGUGAACGGACAUCCCUGUCUAGUACCGACUCAACCAAUAUUUUUUUGUUUUGUAUCCAGCCAUGCUGGAUAGAGUCUUAAUGUGAAGCAUAGUCUGUGAUGUUAUUCUCUGAGCAACUUUCGUAAUUAGCAACAUUUAGAGUCAGAACUCUGCUUAUUGAGCGACCAAUGAAAAAGUAGUAGUCCGUCAUGGUUAUGGAAACAUUAAAGGUAGUACGUCCAGAUUUUAUUAAAGGAACAGUUAAUCCAGACUACCAUAAAGGGAAAGUUCUGUCAGAUAACUAACAACCCACGGCUUGCCAACGUCGUAGUUCAGGUUCCCCUUUAAUUCUGACAUUGACUAGUCCCAUGAAACAUUAUGGUAAUGAUAAAGUUUCAUAUUUAGCAAACCAGACACUAUGAAAAGCAAAUCUAUCAGCAGUUUUAGUGUGCUAGCGUUAGUAGCAGUACAGUAAUAGUAAUAGUAGAAAUGGUAAUAGUAGAUAGAUUGGCUUGACUACCUAUUGAUGUCAUAUACUGUAUGUUAUUUUGGAUACCGAUGCACUUUACAUCCAACAUAUUCAUUCAUUAACAAUACGUAAGUUUAGAAUGUUAUAAUGAGAACAAGAAUAUGAUCCACACUGUUGGUCUGCUACAGUUAGUCAACUGUUGUUUUUCUAAUUGUCUUUAGUGGUAUAAUACCUUACUUUUACUUUACUUUUUCAUAUAACAAUCUUAAGCAUGAGAUACAUCACAUUUUCAUUUUGAGUGAAAACAAAUAUUAUAAGAAAUAUUAUAUUUUUGUAGUUUUGAUACGUCAAACACAAGUUCAUAUGAUGCUAGAAUGUAUAAUGUCUCCAGAUCUUUUCACAUGAGCCAUUUCCUCUGAUGUAACGUCAUUUCAAUGUUAAACUAGAUUGUUGAGUAAAAUGUAAUCUUUAAAUAAAAAGUAUUCAUUUUUA